GUUAUUAUGACUUCGAAACAAAAGAUAUCUGUUGGUUGGUUGGCUGACUGAAUGACUGGAUGGUUGGUUGGUUGGUGAGCGCGUAAAAAUGCUCUUUGUAUAUUGACAGUUUACAUACGUGCAUUUGUAGAUGUAGCAGUAGUUGUUGUAGUAGUCGUAGUGUUGCAUUAGUUCAGUUGCUUGCAAUUUUUCUUGGGCCUACGAUGUCGUCUAUGAGUUUCCUCUGUCGCAAUAUUUUCCUGUUGGCGCGUUCAAAACAUCUCACUAGGAACGUUGGGUGAGCAGUACACCAACAAUACCAUCAUCAUCCUCACCACUAGCACCACCUCAGCAGCACCUCCAUCAGCUCAACGCGAAGUUCAAUACUUUCGCUAUACAGGCUUUACUUUGUAUUUGGCAGUGCCAUGGCAAGUUGUUAUACGUAAGGAAGUAGUUUUCUAAUUCUUGUUGGUUGAUUUUAGAUUUAGACGCCUAUUGUAACGUCGUAAACGACGCAUUCGCGUCAAAUUCAAAUCGCACAUUCACAAUCACAACGACAUCACCAACAUCUACACCAUCAACUACAGCAAUAUUUAGCCGAAAAAAACAUUAGAAAACUUUUGCUGUUGCCGCCUCGAAAAAGUUAUUGUUUGUGGAAUUUUCAAACUUACACAUGGUCUUAGAGUGCCUCCAUUUAAGAGUGGUGAGAGUGUUCAUGUGUGUGUUUGUGUGUAUCUUUGUGUGCAAAAAAACAAAAAGAAACCAACAAUUCAAGAGCAGUAAAAGUAGCAGAAGAAUUUCGAGUAGUUGUACGUACUACUACGUGUAUUUGUGUGCGUGUGUGUGUGUCGAUGUCGUAGUUAUAGAAGUAUCGAAAACUAAACUAAAACUGCUUAGCAAAGUGCGCCUUCUCGAUGUCGGUCUCGUCGUCGUUUGAGUCAUCACCAACCAUCAUCAUAUUGCAUGGUGCCUUCAUUUGUUGCUGUUGAUGUUGUUGUCGUUGUUGUUUUCGUUUUCUUUUCUGUUUGUUGUAUGUGCUUCAGUUUUUCCCCAUACAAUACAUACAACAAUUUUUAAGUUUGUUUUGAGUUUUCCGUAUUAAAAUGUGCGAAACAAUUUCAGUCUAAAUCAGACGGUCGUGCUGAGAAGACUUUUACGUUAACACAGACAAUUUAUACGAAACAUUCGAGAUUGUGUUUUUGUUUUCCCAGAAUCAUUUUUUCCAUUUGGCUCUGUUUGGCCUGUUGUUUGUUGUCGUAUGUUUUCGCAAUGUUCUUGCCACACUUUAACUGUUUUAUGGCUGCUACUGCUAUUGUUGUUGUUGUCGUUGUUGCUUUUAUCAUUGCACACUAGUAUAAGAUUUUAAUUAUUAGUGAGCGUGAAUAUAUCUGAGUGCGUAUGUGUGUGAGUGAGUUUGUGUGUAUGUUAUUCACAGUGAAAUAAUAGUCGUUGAAAGGGAGAUUAGUAUCGGGUACUCGACUGAAUACUAUUGCAACAACUACCACUUCUGGUACUGAUACUUCUACUAACACUAAUACGCAGCUCUAGUGCUCGUGCUCACUUAUACACCUACAAAUAUCAACAAAAUAUCGAUUCGUUGAUCUACGUACCAGCCAUAUGCCACAUCAAUACACUAACAUUAAUAGCAACUACAACAAUAACAGCGUAAUGAAUUUAAAAAAUAAACAAUGUUGCGACUUGUAAAACAUUAGCAGCAGCUCUAACGGCAGAAUUGUUUAAAAUAAAGAGCGCAAAUUUGCGUGUUCAUUAACAUCGUUUCGCUAAUUUUUUCGACAAAUUCGCGCGUGUUACAAAAAAACAGACAAUUCUCUACUUCCGGUUGCAAAGUAAUGAGCACAACGAAGAUGCUAGUGUGCGUAUAAACUGAAUUAUUAAAAAAAAAAACAUAAGAACACAAAAAACAAACACGUUAUCGUUUAUGAUGUAGUUCGCGAUAAAUCCCGACUGGGGAUGAGUUAAACAAAAAAGAUAAAAAAGUAUAAAAAACGUAAAUUAUUGCUACAUUACAAUUACAAUAGUCAAUAACUGUGUUAAUACAUAGUAAUGGAUACAAAUAGUCCUCCACCACGUGCUGUCAGCAGUCAAGCGCCAGCCGCCACCACAGGAGUUAGGGAAGUUGACUCACCGUUUAGGGAAACACAGGAAACAAAGCAAAAUUCACCCCGACCUCCUUCAAGACCCUCUUCUGUAUUGCCUCACUUACUGGCUUCUUUUGUUUCCAGUCCCACAGCAUCCUGUAGUAAAAAACCAAGUCCCGACAGAAGGGAUGAAAGCCAAGGAGGAAAACGCAGUCCUACAAAUGAUACUUCUUUGAAAUCACCCACAGCACUCUCCGAUACAAGUCCCUCUACUCCUAUUUGUGGUAUGCCACCUUUCUCACCUCAAUCAGAUAGAUCAUCUUGUGGCUCCACGUCUGCCACAGCGCCCCAACAGUUUUGUCUACGUUGGAACAAUUACCAAAGCAACCUUACCAGUGUCUUUGAUCAGUUGCUACAGAAUGAGGCAUUUGUGGAUGUAACUUUAGCUUGUGAUGGACGUUCCAUUAAAGCUCACAAAAUGGUUUUAUCAGCCUGUUCGCCCUACUUUCAAACACUGUUCUCCACCACACCCUGCACACAUCCAAUAGUCAUAAUGCGUGAUGUCAACUGGUUCGAGCUUAAAUCUAUUGUAGACUUUAUGUACAAAGGUGAAAUAAAUGUGAGUCAAGAGCAAAUUGGUCCUCUACUAAGAAUAGCCGAAAUGCUGAAAGUAAGAGGUUUGGCCGAUGUCAGUAAUAUCGGAGGAUCGUCGGCUCAUAUAAGUGCACGUGCUCAGGAACCACCCAACGAAAAGGAAUUGUAUUCUACACAAACAAUAAUGGACUCACCGAAAAGACAUGACAUGAUCACUUCUCCCUCAACGAAAAGACCUCCGAGCCAAAGCCAGGAUUCUGAUAAUGAAAGAUCCGAAAACAAUAGAGAUAUUUCUUCGUUGGUCGAAACAGAGAAGAAAAGUCGUUUGGAACCCGCCGAUUGGGAUAUAACGGGUUCUGUAAAAACUACUGAGAGUAGUAAUUUAGAAUUAAGAUUAUCGCCCUUGCAACAUCAACAUUUACUGGGUAGAAAUGUUCGAAAACGUAGAUGGCCGUCCGCUGAUGCAAUAUUCAAUCCGCCCGAAAGUCCACUAAGUAGUUUAAUAGCCGCUGAGAGAGCCGAACUGGAAAGGGAACGUGAGAGAACGCGUGAACGAGAAAAAUCUAGAGAAGUUACUCUCUUUACACCACCCAUACCUGUUACUUCUUGUUCUUCCGCUGCCACUUCCAGUCUUAACAGCGGCGGCAUGAGUACAAAUGUAUUGGACACCAGCGUUUUAAUGGAUAUAACGUCUCCUUCGCCCACACCCACACCAAAUUUACUUCCACCGGCAAGGACUCCUUCGGGCAUGCUGACGCCUUCACCUCAUUUACAGAUCUCACAACAUCAACAUCAUUCUCAUCAGUCACUUCAAUCUCAUCGCUCAUCACCUGCCUCGUCUGUUACUUCAACACACCCGUCCAGCAUUUUAAGUAGACCUUUAACGCCCUCUCCCGCCAGUGUGGGACACGCUGGGCCUAGCAGUAGCCGUUUGGGAGAAGGUGGUCAAAUGGCUGGCGACUCUCAUCGUUUUCCACUUGGUCCAGCACAAGCUGCAGCCAUGGCAGCAGCAGCUGCUCAAAUGGAUUUAGGCGGUACAUCAUCUUUGGGUAUGAGGCCACAUUCCUCCUCAACAGGUCCUCCUAUGUCAGCAGGACCUGGACAUCAUACUUCUUCAUUAGUAGAUGAUUUAGAAAUAAAACCAGGAAUAGCAGAAAUGAUACGAGAAGAAGAAAGGGCGAAAAUGUUGGAAAACUCGCAUGCAUGGAUGGGAGCUUCGGGUUCCUCAAUAGCAGCAGACAGUUAUCAAUAUCAACUGCAGUCUAUGUGGCAAAAAUGUUGGAACACCAAUCAAAGUUUAAUGCAUCAUUUGCGAUUUCGUGAACGAGGUCCCUUAAAAUCGUGGCGUCCCGAAACGAUGGCAGAAGCAAUUUUUAGUGUACUAAAGGAAGGUUUAUCACUUUCACAGGCAGCACGAAAGUACGAUAUACCUUAUCCCACAUUUGUUCUCUAUGCCAAUCGAGUGCACAACAUGUUGGGUCCUUCGAUUGAUGGAGGCCCCGAUUUGAGACCGAAAGGCAGAGGACGGCCACAACGCAUACUGCUGGGCAUCUGGCCAGAUGAACAUAUUAAAGGUGUCAUAAAAACCGUUGUCUUCCGAGAUGCCAAAGAUCUGAAGGAGGAAGGUCUGGCGCACUUGCCCUAUGGACGGCAUUCGCCUGUUUUUCCAUUUCAGGAAGGACCAUUGAGUUAUCCUGGUGUAGGUGGUCAAUGUCCAAAUGGAAUGCCGGGGGCCACUGGUGACCAAAUGUCACAAGAGGCAACAGCUGCAGCUGUGGCGGCGGUAGCUCAUAAUAUACGUCAGCAAAUGCAAAUGGCGGCGGCGGCUCAACAGCAACAGCAGAUGGGCGAAAGUCAUGGUGGUCCAAAUCUAUUUAAUCUUCCGCCUCAUAUGGCUAGUGGUGGACCUAUGUCUGGACCACCUGGUUCAGGGGGUGUACCUCUUCCUAAAGCCAGCAUUUCACCGGCUUUAAGCUCCUCAUCGAAUACCGCUAGUAUGAGCGCAAUGAUGGGGCCAAGACAUGUUCCUUCACCUUGUGGACCCAAUUUACCGGGCAUGCCACAACUGCCGCCUGGUAUGGCGGUAGCUUUGCAUAUGGCCGGCAGUGGUCCUGGUGGUCGAUGUGAUCCCACUUCCGUGUUAAGUCAACAGCAACAACAUCAACUCCAACAUUUGCACUUACAACAGCAGCACGCUCUUCACCAGCAGCAACAAAAGCAUCAACAACAACAUCAAAUGGCAUUUGGUCCACACGGCACAUCCUUGAGUCAUACAUCUGUUGGCGGCACUCCCUCACACACGGUCGUUCAUCCCUCACUACAAAAAUCAACGACGGCAACCUCAACAAAACCACACUCUUCCACUUCAUCGCCGUCCAGACGUAACAGUCCUCACAGUCUGACACCCUUACAUUCCCCCCUCACGGAACUUGGUCUAGAAAUGAGUUUUAAACCAAGCCGAUCAUUUUCACCCUCCCGUCUAUUUUCCGAUGAUAUAUCCGAUAUUGUAGGUGUUGCGGCCUCGCCAUUACGCUCUCCCUCAACGUCAACACAUCCGUCAUCCUCUCUAGCAGCAGUUACGACAGCAACGAUAACUACCACUAGCAGUAUUAAUACAGCCACCGUCAGAGAAUCUUCCUCAGAGCCAUCAGGGUCCGCCGCUACAUCACAAACAACAACGGCGACAUCAGCCGGAGCUAUUGACAGUACAGCAUCCGCAUCAAGUAACAUAAGUUCCACGGGGAUUAAACUCGAACCUAUUACGACAAGUAACGAUUAAGGAGAUAGAAAUAGAUGAUAUAAUACAUACAUACAUAUACAUAUUUAUGUAUUUAUAAAUACUUUUACUUAUGUAUAUUUUUUAACAACAAAUCAAGAAACAGCAACAAAUAUAAACUAUCAUCCAGUUCCAGUAUUUAAGUAUUUUAUACAUAACAAUUGUCCAAUUCACAAUGUGGAAACAAAGUAUGUAUGUAUGUUAAAAUGUUUCGAAGAUUUCCCUCUCUUAUUCCAAAAACCCUAAAUUUUAUCAAAUAUUUUAUAAUAACUAUAAAGCCGAAAAAUCAAAUUUCCGGCGAAAAGCUGAAAUAUUAGUUCAGUUCUGGUGCAGCUAAAUUCUGUUUUAGCUAAAUUCUAGUUUUAAUUCAGUUCUAGUUCAGUUCU